CAGCACUGAAAGGGAGUGAUCAGUUUGCAGGCUUCCUUAAAGAAAUGCAGAUUUCUUAUUCUAUAGCCAAGAGUGAAGCAGCACUGAAAGGAAUUGAUCACUUUGCAGGUUUCCAUAAAGAGAUGAAGAUUUCUUAUUCUAUAGCCAAGAGUGAAGCUUUCUUUGUUGUGUUUGUUAUUAGUGAAAUGUUUGUUCUAUCAGUCAUGGCCUAUGAUCGCUAUGUGGCCAUCUGUAACCCUCUGCUCUACACAGUUAUCAUGUCUCAAAGGGCAUGCCGUGUGCUGGUGACAAUGCCCUAUCUCUAUGGCAUAUUUAAUUCUCUUCUGGUCACCAUAAAGAUUUUUACCUUAUCCUUCUGUGGCUACAAUGUCAUCAAUCAUUUCUAUUGUGAGAGUUUCCCCUUGUUAUCUUUGGUAUGCUCAAACACACAUGAAAUUGAAAUGUUAAUAUUAAUCUUAUCAAUUUUUAACUUGAUUUUAUCUCUUCUAGUAGUUCUUGUUUCUUACAUGUUCAUUCUUGUAGCCAUUCUCAGGAUCCCCUCUACAGAAGUUAGGUACAAGGCCUUCUCCACCUGUGGAUCUCACCUGACAGUCGUGGUAGUGUUUUAUGGGACUUUAAUCUUUAUGUAUGUAAAGCCCAGGUCUACUCAUCCCUCUGAUACUGAUAAAGUGGCAUCCAUAUUUUACACCCUGAUUAUCCCCAUGUUGAAUCCCUUGAUCUACAGCUUGAGGAACAAAGAUGUAAAACAUGCUUUGCAUAGGGCUUGGAACAAUUGUGCACUAUAUUUUCUCAAAGUUCAUUAA